GGAGGGAGUGGUGGAACGCUUACGUGGCGCUUAGCUUCUGCCUACUCAGGAUGGUAUUCCAUUGGGCCGAGCAGCCAGCCGGGACCGACGAAGACGAGGUCCCUGACGAUGAAGUAGAGCUAUUGGUGAUCCAAGCAUGGAGGACGGACACAGAAGGAGAGCUGUUGGGGGUCCUGUUUGGGAAGGUGGGGAAAAAUCACCUAGAGUUGAUUACAGGUGAAGUGUUGGUAUUCCUGACUCAGCUCCUCGACGAUCUAUCGCAGAACAUCCUCUCCCGCUGUGACGAGCAUCCUACGCCUAUCGCCCUUACACGAGUUCUAGAGCUCCAUCUGUUGUGGUCGCCGUGCUUGGAGAUCGACGCCGACUAUCGUUACUAUCCCUCUACGGGAAACUACCUGGUCGUCGACGACAUAACCGAUCUCAGUGUCUGGCAUCCGAUUGGAGUUCGGAGAGAAGAAGCAGGCGAAGAAGAAGAAGAAGAGGAGGAGGAAAGCUCGAGGACAGAUUCUGGUGACCCUGACUACAUCGAGUCUAGGGAGAGUGGAUCGGGGGAGCAGGAUAGCUCCAGUGAACAAAGCAGGGAGGAGGACGAGGUGACCGCGCAGAAAAGACGAGAGAAGGCGGAGGGAAAGCGACCUGUGAAUUAAUUAGGCAGAUCGGCAACGUGGCUGUCGCAGCGUAAUCCCGCG